UACGCGGUGCACAAGCUGCCCGAGCUGCUGCGGGAGCGCGAGCUGGCCCUGGGCACCCUCAACAAGGUGUUCGCGUCGCAGUGGCUGAACGCCAGGCAGGUGGUGUGCGGCACCAAGUGCAACACGCUCUUCGUGGUGGAUGUGCAGUCGGGCCAGAUCACGCGCAUCCCGCUCUUGCGGAAUCGGAAACCCGAGCCGCCUCGGGCCCAGCCAAGCUGUGGCAUCCACGCCAUCGAGCUGAAUCCCUCCAAGACCCUUCUGGCCACCGGGGGCGAGAACCCCAACAGCCUGGCUGUCUACCAGCUGCCCACCCUGGACCCCGUGUGCCUGGGCGACCGCCACGGCCACAGGGACUGGAUCUUCGCCAUCGCCUGGAUGAGCGACACUGUGGCUGUGAGCGGGUCCCGCGAUGGCACUGUGGCUUUGUGGAGAAUGGAUCCUGACAUGGUCAAUGGCAGCAAAGCCUGGCACAGUGACGAACAGCUCCCCGUGUACGCCCACAUCCGUCCCAGGGACAUGGAGACAAUCCCCAGGUCCAGCACCAACCCCAGUAACCGAAAGGUGCGGGCCCUGGCCUUUAAUCACAAGAACCAGGAGCUGGGAGCAGUGUCCCUAGACGGCUACUUCCAUCUGUGGAAAGCCCGCAGCACCCUGUCCAGGAUGCUGACCAUCAGGCUGCCCUACUGCAGAGAGAAUGUGUGCCUGACCUACUGUGAGGAGUUGUCCCUCUAUGCGGUGGGCUCCCAGUCCCACGUCUCC